AUGGCGGCUCCGAGCCCGAGCGGCGGCGGCGGCGGCUCCGGGGGAGGCAGCGGCGGCAGCACCCCGGGCUCCGUGGGGUCCCCGGCGCCGGGCCACCCGGCCGUCAGCACCAUGCAGGGCUUUCAGAUAAACUUCUGUGAAAAGUCACAAAGUAAACGCAAAGCAUUGAAGUUGAACUUCGCAAAUCCACCUUUCAAAUCUACAGCAAGGUUUACUCUGAAUCCCAAUCCUACAGGAGUUCAAAACCCACACAUAGAGAGACUGAGAACACACAGCAUUGAGUCAUCAGGAAAACUGAAGAUCUCCCCUGAACAACACUGGGAUUUUACUGCAGAGGAUUUGAAAGACCUUGGAGAAAUUGGACGAGGAGCUUAUGGUUCUGUCAACAAAAUGGUCCACAAACCAAGUGGGCAAAUAAUGGCAGUUAAAAGAAUACGGUCAACAGUGGAUGAAAAAGAACAAAAGCAACUUCUUAUGGACUUGGAUGUAGUAAUGAGGAGUAGCGAUUGUCCCUACAUUGUUCAAUUUUAUGGUGCACUCUUCAGAGAGGGUGACUGUUGGAUCUGUAUGGAACUCAUGUCUACCUCGUUUGAUAAGUUUUACAAAUAUGUAUAUAGUGUAUUAGAUGAUGUUAUUCCAGAAGAAAUUUUAGGCAAAAUCACUUUAGCAACUGUGAAAGCACUAAACCACUUAAAAGAAAACUUGAAAAUCAUUCACAGAGAUAUCAAACCUUCCAACAUUCUUCUGGACAGAAAUGGAAAUAUUAAGCUCUGUGACUUUGGCAUCAGUGGACAGCUUGUGGACUCUAUUGCCAAGACAAGAGAUGCUGGGUGUAGGCCAUAUAUGGCGCCUGAAAGGAUAGACCCAAGUGCAUCUCGACAAGGAUAUGAUGUCCGAUCUGAUGUCUGGAGUUUAGGGAUCACAUUGUAUGAGUUAGCCACAGGCCGAUUUCCUUAUCCAAAAUGGAAUAGUGUAUUUGAUCAACUAACACAAGUCGUGAAAGGAGAUCCUCCACAGCUGAGUAAUUCUGAGGAAAGGGAAUUCUCCCCAAGUUUCAUCAAUUUUGUCAAUUUGUGCCUUACAAAAGAUGAAUCCAAAAGGCCAAAGUAUAAAGAACUUCUGAAACAUCCCUUUAUUUUGAUGUAUGAAGAACGUACAGUAGAAGUUGCAUGCUAUGUUUGUAAAAUCCUGGAUCAAAUGCCAGCUACUCCCAGCUCUCCCAUGUAUGUUGAUUGAUAUCGCUGCUACAUCAGACUCUAGAAAAAAGGGCUGAGAGGAAGCAAGACAUAAAGAAUUUUCAUCCUGUAUCACAGUGUUUUAUUGCUCGCCCAGACACCAUGUGCAAUAAGAUUGGUGUUCGUUUCCAUCAUGUCUGUAUAUUUCUGUCACCUAGAACAUGCAUCCCUGUAAUACCUGAUUGAUCACACAGUGUUAGUGCUGGUCAGAGACACCUCAUCUGCUAUUUUGUGAUGAAUAUACUCAUGAAACGUGGAAGUCAGUACGAUCAGUUUGUUGAUUGUGAAUAGAUCACAUCUUAAAUCCAUUUCUAGACUUGAAAUCUGGAGACACAGCUACUGGAAUGGUGUUUUGUCAGACUUCCAAAUAUUGGAAGAAUGCAGUGAUGGUUGUACUAUGUCAGAACAUAGAGACUUCUGUUGAGCGAGAAGAGCUUGCACAGCCAGUGAGACACAUUGCCUUCUGGAGCUUAGAGACAAAGGAGGAAUUUAUUUUCUUCACCAAGUGCAAUAGUUUUACUGAUUUGAUAUUCUGUUGCUUUACAGUCACAGUGGAUGUUUGGAGAUUGAUGUGCUCAGCCAAAUUUCCUGUUUGAAAUAUGUUUAAAUGAGAAUGAAUUUAUCUUUACCAAAAAAUCAUGUGUUCAAAGAGGUGAACAUUAAAAUAUUGAGACAGGACAGAAUGUGUUUUUUUUUCUCCUUGACCAGUCCUACUCUUCAUUGGGAAGACUCAGGAGUCCGCUACUUGUCAAAGAAGGUGCUGAUCUAAGAAUUUUCAUUCUCAAUUUGGUAUGCUGCCAACUUGAUGUUCCAUCUGCCACAAAUUGCCAGGACUGAAAGAAGAAAAGCAGUACUGAGAGCAGAGUUUACAGAUAUUACUACUUGUAGCUUACUGGAACAAGUUAUAGCAGAUAUAUAUUCCCCCUUGUCUCAAGCCUAAUACUUUAGCCAUCGUAACUCACUAACAGGGAGAAGUAGCUAUUAGCAAUGUGCCUUGAUUGAUUAGAUAAAGAUUUCUUGUAGGCAGCAAAAGACCAAAUCUCAGUUGUUUGCCCUCACUGGUACAGGUCUUCAAUUACUGAAUCUCUUUUAUAUCCUUGUGGUCUGUUGCCACUAUGUGACUUUUGCUUAAUCCACUAUUUCACCUUUUUCCUGUAUUUAAAUACCUUAUAAUCACUAGGUAUUCCUUGCCAAGGAUAAUUAGCCCUCUAUUUCUUCAUAUGCCCAAAAUUUGAAAUCUAGGACCCAACUAAUGUGUAGGUGAUGAAAAAUGCAUCAUUCAGACAAACUGAAAUAGGCGUCGGAGCAAUAGCACAGUGAGUAGGGUUUUUGCCUUUCCUGUGGCCAAUCCAGGAUCCAUCCCUGGUAUCCCAUAUGGUCCCCUGAGUGUAGAGCUAGGAGUAACCCCUGAGCAUUGCCAGGUGUGGCCCAACACUCCCCCAAAUCUGAAAUGGAAGUGGUUUAGAUAAGACAUAAUCUGUGUCUUCAGAAAGUAACCAUCAUUUCUUGAAACUCUACAACUACAGAAAAGCAAAAAAGGAAAAAGGAAACAAACUUUGAGAUAGCUAGAAGAAGCUAUUUAAAUUUGCCAUCCUUUGCUUUGCUCCUAACUCAGUUUUACUCUGGCCUUCCAUCCUUAAACAUUCGGUCUUCAUAGAACAGUUAUGCAGCACUGUGAGAGGUUUAAGCACACUGGAAUGUGAAAUAGUCAUGGUUUGAGAUUCAGUACUGCCAUUACUGGAUGAAAUUAUGGCAGGUAUUGCUGUAUCUCUUCCCAGCGUAGUGAUUCUAAAUGCUAUAGAAUAAGGGGAGAAUGGGUCUGUUUAAAGUUAUAUUUAUGUAAGGCUGGGGAUUUAAAAGUGGCUUCUUUGAUCACUUUGCUAUUGCCUAUUUUCUUCUCCAUGGCAUUCUAAACAGUAGACUACCCAGUGUUUUGAAAGGAAUCAUUGCUAUGUAUUUUUCAACCAAACCAAGCCAUUAUCCUCCAUUGCUCCCUGGGAUUCAAGAAAUUUCUCUGUCGUCAACUCACAUCUGACUCAGCCUAAGGUCACUUGUCAUACACAUGAAGAUAACAGCAUUUCUGACUGUCUAGGAGCUAAUCUGACCAUUUUAUUGUGGAAUACCACAGAAAAUGGCAAUUUUAGUGUAUUAAUCACAGAUUAUUAUAAACUAUAAACUAAAGGGCAGGAGUUUAUUACAAUGUGUCUUUAUUAAAACAAAAUGGUGUAUAGUGUUCACAAACUGUGAAAUUGUGUAAGAACUGUACAUUGUGAGCUCUGGUUAUUUUUCUCUUGUACCAUAGAAAAAAUGUAUAAAAAUUAUCAAAAAGCUAAUGUGCAGGGAUAUUGCCUUAUUUGUCUGUAAAAAUGGAGCUCAAUAACAUAACUGCUUCUUGGAGCUUUGGAAUAUUUUAUCCUGUAUUCUUGUUUGAAUUUCUCCUCUAUUUAAAAUAUAUACAUGGAAUCAAAGUGUUUAUGUAAUAGUUCUAUCCUUUUGCCUGCAGGUCAGUUGUAAUAAAUCUAGGAUGUGAUGA